CAUGAACAUUGUCAACAAAAUAGCUGACGACUGGCAGCAUUCUUGAUUCAUCUUGUUUUAGUUUUAAGGACACCGGAUCGCCUGUGUCAGGCUGUUUUUUAUUAUUUGACAGUCAUGAAUAUGAAGCGAUGAACCCGCCGAUAUGUAAACAAAUAUUCCGCUAUUGCUUGUCUUCUCCAGUUCCGUUGCUUUGUGACCUGUCAGCCGCAUUAAAUCAAUCUGCCAAAUCCAUCUGCCGAGACCGACUUCUCUACAGAUUCUCAUUUAACAGCGUAGCCAACUAAGAUAACGCUUACAAGGCUGGAGUUGGCUUCACAUUUUCCGUUCCUCCUUAAAUGGUGCGCAGUUAUACAUUCUGGAGUCUGUAGACGCAAGAACGUGAGCUGCUGCAGCACUUAAGCACAGGCUUGCAGUUAUCUUCAAUAAACAGUGGGAACCCAGCCUGUACUCUUUCAGACUCCAUGUAUUAAUCUGCAGCUGGUAUGGAGGACUCUAUCGAGGUCAUUCUCCAGGACCAGAACUCCAAAGUACUUCACCGUUACCAGGACAACCAGAUCCUCACCUUGGUGACGGGAGCUGUCUUCUCUGGCGUGUACGGGCUCUGGGCCAUGUUUUGCAUGCCUGGACUAAAAGUGCCUUUGCGGCUAAAGGUGCCCUUCUUGCCCUCCACAAACGUGCAGACCAAGAAUGUGAUGAAGAUGCUGGAUGGACGGCAAGGCCAGCUGGCUGACCUGGGCUCAGGAGAUGGAAGACUGGUAUUUGCAGCAUGCAGCGCAGGAUUUCAGUGCACAGGAUUUGAGAUCAAUUCCAUGCUGUUAGCCUACUCCAGAGGCAGAGCGUGGUGGAGGGGUCUUCCGCACAGUAAAGCCACCUUUGUUAACCAGGAUUUUUGGAAGACUGACCUGUCGAAAUACACAAACGUGAUUGCAUUCCUGGCACCCACUGUGAUGCAGGAUCUGGAGGAGAAGUUGCUGAAGGAGCUUCAUGGGGAUGCCCGUGUUGUAGUGUGCCGCUUUCCCUUUCCACGUUGGCCCCACAGCUGUACUACAGGCGCUGGAUUGGACCAAGUCUGGGCUUAUGAUGUCUACACAGCACGACACAGAGCCAACACUUCCUCUCUGAAACCUCAGGGCUAAAUUGGACAUUGCUUAACAAAUGUGUUGCUUGACACUUAAGUGUGUUCACCCACUAGUGCAAAAAGAGUCUGAUUCUCAUGCAAGCUUAUAACCUGAUGUAACUCUCAGUCCCAUGAGGUGAGGAUUUUUUUUUGUGGUUGUUAUUAAUAUGUAUCUUUUUAAACUACUCGUAAACGUUAUUUAAUAGAAAAGUAUGAAGGAUACAGUUAGAUCCACUUGAGCACUUGCAAGUAAAUGUAAUACAUGAGCUUGCUUGAUGUAUUAGCCAUUCAGUUGUCUUGCAUUGUAAGGGUCGUAAUUGGCAUAAAUGUUGUUGAUGUCCAAUGAACUGUAUGAUAGGUAAACUCCUUCUGCAGUGCUCAUCCUCAUGGAGGCCCUAUGAAUCUUUUGGAUUUGAGGCUUCACAUUUUCAUAGUCAGGUUCAGAGUCUUCAUCAGUUUGGUCGUCAUCUUGAGAUUCAUACUCAUGUUCAGAGUCUCUGCCAUGUUGAGAUUCAUAACUAUGUUCAGAAUCUUGAUCAUGUUGGUGGCCACCUUCUGAUUCAUAGUCAUGCUCGGAGUAUCGAUUGUUUUCAUCUCGAGGUUUGGGAAACGAAGACUGGAAAACAACUGUUCUCCUUCUGCGCCUCCAACACAAAACAAUCAAUCCAACACCUAGGCCGAACAGUACAGCUGCUACUACUGGUCCACCAAAUGUGAAAAUCUGUGUUAUAUUGUUUGAGUCGGUGGUGUUCUUUGACAUGGCUGAUGAUCUGUGGCCUGUUGGCUUUGACAGCUGAUGACCAAAUUGAGAUAGAAGAGAAUAAAUACAUACAUUUGUGAAA